CGAACAGAAACGGUAGUAAGAGAAAGAGUAAGCUCUCUAGGGAACAGAAAAUCCGAGAAAAUCGAAGAUGUAAACAAAGACAAGCAUUAUUAUUUGACUCUCAGUAUUAUUAUUAUUGAUGAUUCGAAUGACAAUUUCUAUCAGAAAAGCAAAAGAUAACGUAUUAUAAACAAGUAAAAAAUAUAUUUAUUCAAUCUCGACAUAAAAGCAUCUGUUUACUCAAUAUUAAUCAAGAUUAAGUUCCGUUUUUUUGGAGCUUGAGUCAUUUUGAGGUGUUCCGUAACAAUCAAUGCGAGCGGUGGCACUAUCAGUAUGGCUAUUCAUGAACCUAGUUUUUCUGGGCAUGUGUGGCUACAUGUACCUGCUCUGGAGACAGUACUGGCUGCACUCGGAGCGUCAGAAAACCAACCAUGUCUCCAUCCCUACGCCACCAGCCUACCCUUAUGAUGUCCAAUAUUUGGACCUAGUUGUGCAACACGGACAAGAAGACUCUGCUGAAGAGUCCAAGGCCAAGCACUUGAAUGGCAGCACGUCUCAACAUUCCAAAAAGAUGCCCAGAUUCAGAUCGAAAACCAACCCAAAAUGCAGACCAGAUAUUGAGGAUUGUGAAGGAGCAAUGAUUGCAAAGAGUAAAAUCAUCCCUUCCGGGGUAGUUGCACACAAAUCUCAACUUGUGGUUCAGUUACGAAGGGUGCUCCUGGACGAGGGCAGCAUUUUCGCCAAAGAUAAGAAUGUAUAUGGAGUGAAAUACACUGGCAGCAAAGGAACCAUGAAGAAAACGCCACCCAGAGAAAUAGUGUGCAACUUAAAGAAAUCUGCUGUGCUUCGAAUGCUCAAAAGAAAGGACGAGCCUUUUAAAACAUUAGGGUUGGAUGACCUAUUUCCAGGCCAACCUGUUUUUAAUAAGCAACGAGAAAAGAAGCAACCUUUCCGAUCAUGUGCAGUCAUUGCAAGUGCUGGAUCUUUAGUUGAUUCGCAGCUGGGAAAUUUUAUAGACUCCCAUGACGUGGUUGUCCGCUUCAAUCAUGCGCCAACUGAAGGGUUCGAGGGCGAUGUCGGUGCUAAGACAUCAGUUCGAAUCGUAAACUCGCAAGUGAUAUCCAAGCCCGAAUUUGACUUCCUCAAUAAUCCUAUCUAUGACAAUAUCACAAUGGUUGCAUGGGAUCCUUGCAACUAUACAAGUUCGCUGAUUCAGUGGUAUGAGCGCCCUGACUUUGAUCUCUUUACCAACUACUGGACCCGUCGGCAGAAAAGACCCAAUGACGACUUCUACAUUUUGGAUCCGCGAUCUGCUUGGCCUGUUUGGAACUUUAUCCAAGGCAACACGCCCGCAAGGCUCAGAAGAAAUCCUCCAAGUUCGGGAUUUCUAGGUCUAAUUUUGAUGCUUCCAAUGUGCAACCACGUGGACAUGAUUGAGUACGUGCCAUCAAUUAGGCAAACCAAACGUUGCCAUUACUAUGACACACUCGAAGACAAUGGCUGCACUUUCGGGGCCUGGCACCCUUUGGCUGCCGAGAAGUUGCUUGCAUUGUCAAUGAGCUCGAGCGACGACAAUGAAAUAUUUGGCAGAGGGAUCCUCAGAAUUCAGGGAUACCCAUCUUUGAAUUGUUAAUUGACUCUUCCGAAUUUGAAUAUUCCUUUGUCUUUUAGCGAAUUCUCGAUUCUAAAAAAAUUGAAUCUAGAAAACAAGAUCUUAACUUUAGUAACCUGCAUCCUUGUUAAUGAUGCUUGUUGUGCCAACCAUUGCACUUUUAAUUAUUUAGAAGUUCAAAUUAAUAAAUACUAGUCAAGACGUGAUCUCUUCUACUGCAUGAUGUAUUCUACUUUAAACAAAAAAUAUUAUGAUCUCAAAUAAAAAGAAACAUGGCAUUUUGAUUAA